AUGUCACAAGUUGAAAUCAGCGAACUCGCCAAAGAGAUUAGAGCUUCAUUAAAGCAAUUUCCAAAUUUCCCAAGUGAAGGUAUUUUAUUCGAAGACUUUUUGCCAGUUUUCACCAAACCGGACUUAUUCCAAAAAUUGGUCAGGGCAUUCCAAUUGCACGUUGGUGAGCAAAAAGUGGAUUAUGUUGUCGGUUUAGAAAGUAGAGGGUUCCUUUUCGGACCUACUUUGGCUUUGGCUUUGGGGGCUGGGUUUGUUCCAGUCAGAAAACCAGGUAAAUUACCAGGCCCAGUAUUCACGGCCGAAUUCCAAAAGGAAUACGGUAGUGACAAAUUCCAAAUCCAAAAAGAUGUGAUCGAAAAGGGUGCCAAGGUUUUGAUUGUCGAUGAUAUUUUGGCUACCGGUGGUAGUGCCUCAAGUGCCGGUGAAUUGGUCAAGCAGUCAGGUGGUGACAUCGUUGAAUACUUGUUUGUCAUGGAAUUAGACUUCUUAAAGGGCAGAGAUAAGUUAGGCAAGCCUGCAUUCACCUUGUUGAGUGGACAGGCUGAAAAGUUGCAGAAUUAA